CAGUCGAACUAUCGAGUGACAGAAAGAUGGCAUCCACCGAGCAACUUGAUUCACCAACACAGCCUGGCCUUCCGCCUGGAGAUGUCGAAGCAGCUCGUCCCAGAGAAGCGCUGAUUACCACCGCUGUGAAAUUUCUAGAGAACCCAAAAGUACGUCAAACUCCCCUGGCCACCAGAAAAGGCUUCUUGAAAAAAAAAGGCCUGACUGACGAGGAAGUAGAGUUGGCCAUCCAGCGCUCUGGCAGCACAGAGGAGGUCUUGCCUUUGAGUCCUGUGGCCUUUCCACAUUCACCUUAUGCAGUUCCUACACCACCCACUCCAACUGGCUACAGAUGGAGAGACUAUGGUGCUCUCACUGUCAUCAUGGUGGGCAUUGCAUUUGGCUUUCAUCAGCUUUAUAAGAAAUACAUCCUUCCCCUCAUUAUGGGGAGCCGAGAGGACAAGAAGCAUCUGCAGAGGAUGGAAAGCAACAUUGCAGCAAUGAGUGGCACGCUGACACAGACAGUCAACCAACUGCAGCAAACUCUGGUCUCUGUCCAGGAGCUCCUGAUUCAGCAGCAGCAGAAAAUCCAGGAGCUUUCCCAGGAACUGGCUGCAGCUGAGACUUCGUCCUCAACCAACCGCAUCCUAGACAACCAAACAGUUGGAGACCUGAAGGCUGAGAUUUCCUCUUUGAAGGGUUUACUGCUCAGCAGAAAACAAUUCCCUUCCACCCCUGCUAUUCCUAAGAUCCCAUCGUGGCAGAUUCCACUGAAGCCGCCUUCAGCGUCCGGACCACCGUCCAUUAACCACACCAACAGCAGCAGUGACAUCUCCCCUGUCAGCAACGAGUCCUCCAACUCCUCCCCUGUCAAAGAUGGACACCACAGCCCCCAGGAUGCACUGGGAGGGCCAGAUGGAGCUCAUGCUAACAACGAUGAUUCUAGCGCUUUGGGCCCAAGCACAUCACUACCACUGGACCAGGUACGCAUGGAGGUGCAGGGGGAGGAGGAAAAGAAGGAGGAGGAUGGUGAUGUUAGUCAUGUAGAGGAGGUUUUAAGCAUGCAGACUGAAGAUCGACUAGGUGGCGAUGGACAGAUUAAUGAACAAGUAGACAAACAGAGGCGACCCGAGGGUGCCAGCAACGAAAGCGAGGUUGAUUAGCCGUCAGCAGUGAGCACAAAAACACUCUGCAGAACAACACUGAUCCCUGCUUGUGUCUCUCUGCUCCUUGACUCAUACACAGUUUAUUUUUUUAAUCUAGUUUCCCCGUCAGUGUCUGCUUCCCUUUUUUCCCCCCACAUUGAGCAAACUGAAAAGUAGAUAUGAAUGGAGGAAGAUCCACAACUGACAAAUAUCAGGGUGUUUAGUGACACAUGGCUUACCACAAUUUACUUUUGAUCAUGCAAACAAAACAGGCUGCUAAGCCGAGGCCCACAGAGAGAUGUUCCUGUAAAAAAGAGAAAUGACAAGUGAUAGUCAAAUCACACCAACUUUAAAAGCUCGUGUACAACUUUAACAGCCU